AUGGUUGACAAGGAAUUAGCAGCCAAACUUGAGAGGAGACUAGCUUCUCUAAGUUCCACUUCAAGUAUGGACGCUGAUAUGCAAUCACCUAACAUACUUCCAGCACCACUUCCAUCUGGUAAAUUUGAAUUCUUUCCUUAUUCUGUCGCUGUCGAUGAAACCAUCGAUAUGGACGAAUUAAUCGGCAAAGAAUUGGAUAAGACCAGUAAUAUUCGCGAUCAAGUAAUACAAAAUAACCCACAGCAGUUGGAUCCAAAUAAAAAUGGAUUUCUGCAAAAGGGAGCAUUGCCUUUAAGGGAUGAAAUUUUUGGCAAGGAUGGAGAUAAUCCGCCGUCUGAUGUUUCUAAAAUCGCUUCUAUUCAACAACAAAAUAAUUACAUAGUUGGAAAACCAAUGGAAUCACCGGGUUCAUUGUCACCGAAUAUCUCAAAUGAAUCACAAUAUGAAACGCCUUUUCGAAAAUGUACCGCUCCUAUAGUGCCAAUAGUCCAUCACAAGAACAUUGCUCGAUCUAUUUCGAUGCAAUCUGACGAAUCAUCACUUCGGAUGGUAAGUUAA